UUACUGGAGUGGGCGGCUGCCGGAGGGGAUUAUCGGCUUUUUCUGUAAUCCUUCUUCCUGCUGCGUGGUGAGACAGUUCAAGAUUUGUGUGUGUGUGUGUGUGUGCGUGACGGGCCGACGGCUUCAUCCACGCAUCGGGGGGACAUGAAGUGAUCAGAGCCCGCGCUCCUUACGCUUGUGUGACUAAUCAGGAGGCAGAAGAUUCCUGAUGGUGUGCGAUUAUGAGCUCAUCUUGAAGAAGCGCCGAUCUGCUCCCGAGGAAAUCUGCCUGCCAUUCAGUCACUCGGGCACGCUCGGUGAACCGGGGUGGGGGGCAGCACGAGGCACACCGACCCCCCCGACGAUGGACUUGACGGCACCCUUGCGGCUUUUCUCCUGCACACUUGCCCGGCCUGGACUGAUGGCGCCCUGUCCUGGAGAGAAUGGUCACCGCUGAAAGCGACUCGGCCGCCUUCCCUCCGCUGCAAACGUCUGCACAAACCGGCAGCCUCCUUCUGCCUUCGGAGCGCUUCGGUCGUAGCCAAGUUCGCCAUGAGUCAAGUGCGCUCGUUGACCGGCACGGGGACCAACGGACCGAGCAGCUGGGACGCGCUCUGCCUGGACAUGGAGGCGCUCUCGAUAGACAGCGCCUUCGCCUCCCUCGCCGAGGACGAGCGGCUCUCGGAGUCCACGCACGAGACCCCCAAAGGAGCGCCGGUCACGGAUGACGGCCUCGUGAAGGAGAUCGACAUAAGCCACCAUGUCAAGGAGGGCUUUGAAAAGGCGGACCCCUCCCAGUUUGAACUGCUCAAGAUCCUGGGACAAGGCUCUUAUGGGAAGGUGUUCCUGGUGAGGAAGAUCAAAGGCUCAGACACGGGGCAGCUCUAUGCCAUGAAGGUGCUGAAGAAAGCCACCCUGAAAGUUCGAGAUCGAGUGCGGUCAAAAAUGGAGCGGGACAUUCUGGCCGAAGUGAAUCAUCCUUUCAUCGUCAAGUUACACUAUGCAUUUCAGACAGAAGGGAAGCUCUACCUGAUUUUAGAUUUCCUCAGAGGAGGAGACCUCUUCACACGGCUCUCCAAAGAGGUGAUGUUCACCGAAGAAGAUGUCAAAUUUUAUUUAGCUGAGCUGGCCUUGGCUUUAGACCACCUUCAUAGCCUGGGAAUUAUUUACAGGGAUCUCAAGCCUGAAAACAUCCUUUUGGAUGAAGAAGGACACAUCAAGAUAACAGACUUUGGCCUUAGCAAGGAGGCGAUCGACCACGACAAGAGGGCGUACUCCUUCUGCGGGACAAUCGAAUACAUGGCUCCUGAAGUCGUCAACCGGAGAGGGCACACGCAGAGCGCUGACUGGUGGUCCUUUGGUGUGCUGAUGUUUGAGAUGCUGACCGGCUCGCUUCCUUUUCAAGGCAAAGACAGAAAAGAAACAAUGGCGCUAAUUCUGAAAGCCAAACUCGGGAUGCCUCAGUUUUUGAGCCCAGAGGUUCAGAGUUUGCUGCGCGCGCUCUUCAAGAGGAACCCCAUCAACCGGUUAGGCGCUGGCCCAGAUGGGGUGGAGGAGAUAAAGAGACACCAUUUUUUUGCUACAAUUGACUGGAAUAAAUUGUACAGAAGAGAAAUUAAGCCUCCAUUCAAGCCUGCGGUAGGCAGACCUGAGGACACGUUCCACUUCGAUCCAGAAUUCACCUCCCGGACCCCCACUGACUCUCCUGGAGUCCCUCCAAGUGCCAACUGUCACCAGCUUUUCAGGGGAUUCAGCUUUGUUGCUUCCAAUCUCGGUCCAGAUCAGACUCCGACGGAGACCUCGGUGCUUGCCGUGCACCCCAUUGUGCAGCAGCUGCACGGAAACAACUUGCACUUUACUGAUGGCUACGAAAUUAGAGAAGAUAUUGGAAUCGGCGCCUAUUCAGUAUGUAAACGGUGCGUCCACAAGAUAAGCGAAGUGGAGUAUGCUGUCAAGAUCAUUGACAGAAGCAAAAGAGAUCCAUCAGAAGAGAUUGAGAUUCUGCUCCGCUAUGGACAACAUCCCAACAUCAUCACACUGAAAGACGUGUACGAUGAUGGGAAGUACGUCUACUUGGUAAUGGAGCUGAUGAGAGGAGGAGAACUUUUGGACAGGAUCCUUCGGCAGAAAUGCUUUUCAGAGAGGGAGGCCAGCGCCGUGCUUUUCACUAUCACAAAAACUGUGGAAUACCUGCAUUCCCAAGGGGUCGUCCAUCGAGAUCUGAAGCCCAGCAAUAUUCUUUAUGUUGACGAGACGGGGAAUCCUGAAUCCAUAAGGAUAUGCGACUUUGGAUUUGCUAAGCAGCUCCGAGCGGAGAAUGGGCUGCUCAUGACUCCGUGUUACACGGCCAACUUUGUGGCUCCUGAGGUUCUUAAGAAGCAGGGCUACGAUGCGGCCUGUGACAUCUGGAGUCUUGGCAUUUUACUGUACACCAUGCUGGCAGGGUUCACGCCAUUUGCAAAUGGACCUGAUGACACCCCCGAGGAGAUUCUGGCCCGCAUCGGAAGUGGGAAGUUUGCUCUUACAGGAGGGAACUGGCACACCGUCUCCGACGCCGCCAAGGACAUCGUGUCGAAAAUGCUGCAUGUGGAUCCCCAUCAGAGGCUGACGGCUCCCCAGGUCCUCCGGCACCCUUGGAUUGUGAACAGAGAGACCCUGUCACAGAGCCAGCUGGUCAGACAGGAUGCCAUGCUGGUCAAGGGCGCCAUGGCGGCCACCUACUUUGCAUUGAACCGUUCUCCUCAGGCCCCCAAACUGGAGCCAGUCCUGUCCUCCUGCCUGGCCCAGCGGAGAGGAAUGAAGAGGCUGACCUCGACCAGAUUGUAGCGCCGACUGCACUCCCUGGUAGCCGCGUCCUCGUACUUGAUCACUCUUGCACACUCCUCUCUUUUUUCCUCUUUGGACUUUUGGCUUGUGUUUUAUUUAUUUAUUUAUUUAUUUAUUUAUUUAUCAAUUCAUUUAUUUAUUUCUUGGCGCCAGUAUAUGCAACUGUUAAGAAAAGCAGCGAUGAAUGUCCCUUUGAUGAAUGCCGCAGUUCCUUGUAGUUUGACAGCUAACAGCACCCCCUGCAGGACGUUGACUUGAAUGCUGCGGGUUUCUUUCUUCUCUUCUUUCUUUCGUGGAUUUCCGCCUCGGUGGGUUUCUUCCUUCUUUUUCUUUCUGGGCUACAGGGGUGAGCGGCUGGCUGGUUGGUUUAUUUCAUGUUAUGUGCUUGUGAGGAUUGUGUGCGGUUGCCCGGCUCUCUGCCACCACUGAAUCCCACGGGUGCCCACGAUGCUGUUGGAUCGGCUAUCGUGUUUCAACUCUUCCUGACGACAAUUUCAGUUUUUUUUUUCUUUUUUCUGUUAAUCGCAGUCCUGCAUUUUACUUAAUGACACCACGACUGUGUUAAAGGCGCUAAGUAUCCCACAAUGCACAGGGCUCCUCCGGAUUUAACUUCAGCUAUUUAUGACUUGCUUUCAGCUUGAAAACCCAUUCUGUCUCCAUUAAACACCUGUCAUGUUUCUGAUGCAUGCUGUGAUCGACAGGGGGCACUUCUGAGACAUCCCAUAAUGAGCUGACCAAAGCUAACCAAACGCAAGACGUUUUAUUAACCAGCUGAAGGGGACAAAAACAGGCAAAGACGAAUCCACUGAGCUUGACUUUUACGGGGUUUGCACCCUUGUCUGCAAAACCCAAUGAGCUCAUUAAUCCCACCUUCAAGUGCGCACACACACGCCUUGAACCCUUGUCUGCUCACCACCCGCUGGGCUGGACAGGAGUGGCUUUUAAGGCGGUCACUACUUUCAGAGUGCCUCUCAUGUAAAAGGCCAGGUAACCUUAGACAGCAGAGCUGUGAAAAAGUAUUUGACCCCCCAUUCUGAUCUCCUCUGUUGGUCACAAUCAAUGGCUUCAGACCUCCAAAAACUAAAAUGAGAUCAUGGGAGUCAGAGUGGACACCGAACACCCUUUCUAAACGGAGGCUUAAUAUACUUAAGUAUUAAAGUUAUCUAAUUGCCUGUGUGAAAAAGAAAUUGCCCCCUUAGUUACUCACUUAAACCGUUCACUAAAGUCAGUUAACAAUUUGACCAGAAAUACAAAACAAAGGACUUCCUGGCAUCCAGUAGGCCAGCAAGAUGGUGGGAAUGUCUUCCAGUUUAUAAGUCAGGCCUUAUUUUCUACAACGUCUCUUGUGGCGUUACAUGCGCUUUACAAAGCAGGAAAGAUUUCAUUCAGAUUCAAAUAUCAAACCAUGUAAGUGCAGGCUUACAGCAGACUCUUUCAUUCAUUCAUUCAUUCACUCAUUCAUUCACAAAGCUUUUUAUUGCAGUUCAGGGCUGCGGACCACAACACAUUAUUAUCUUCAAAUCUGGUGCUUGAUGUUAAUUUGAAAGGUUAACUGUCAUUGUUAACUAAGAAAACUGAGUUUCUUUACAUUUCUAGCAAUUAAAAGUGUACCAUUAAGACCAAGGAAAUAUACAACAGCUUAUAAGUAAUUGUCAAUUAUAUAGCACCUUUCAUGGCUUCUUUCAGCUACGCCCAUUAGGGUUGUCACAGCAGAUCAUCUUUUUCCAUAUCUUUCUGUUUUCUUUAAUCUGGCCUUUACAAAACAGACAUGACGGCCACACAAAGAAACACGCAAGCUAUGUAGAUUAUUAAGAAUUCAUUCAGAUUCAAAUAUCAGACCAUAAUGUUGGCUUAUAUUAGACUCAUUCAUUCCUUCAUUCACUCAUUUAUUCCUUCAUUCACUCAUUCAUUUAUUCUCAAGCACAUUUCAUGCAGUUCUGGGUUGCUGACCCACAACGCACAGGUUUGGUGUUUUUCAAGUCAAACUAAUUUCUUCACAGAUUCCAUUUCAAUGCAUUUGCUACACAAAAUUGUGUCCUAAAGUUAAAUAUUUUCUAUAAAUUUCUCGCCCACACUGGCACUUUACAAUGGAGGCUAUGGGGCACAGAACACCACCAGAAAACGAAAAAGCUUGAAGGGUCAUCGAUGAGGUGGCAAAGGUUUUGAUAAACGAAAACACGCCUGCCAUGCUUGAGAUGCACGUUUGUGACAAACAAAUGGGCUGUGAAAAUGAUUCUAAAAAUGAUGGCCUAUGUCUGUCACUAUUUGACGUUUUCUACUUACUCGUGCCAGUUCUCUCAUAAAUAUGGAAGGAAAUUAAAAUGAAAGUAGGAAGUGGCACAAAAAGUUCACUGUGAUUGGGCCUUCUUAUAGGAAGCCACGCCUCCCAGAGGGGUGAAAGGUUGUAGUUGCCGAGCUGUCACACACAGCUGGUGUCUUUUAAAAUGGCUGAAUCUCAUAAUAUUGGUGCUUUUUUGUUCACAAAUGACACGUAGAAACUAUUUUACAAUGUGUGCAUAAUUGUAAGAUGCUGAUCAAUACUCAAUAAUUGUCUUGGCUUGAAUAAUUGACGUACUUGCUGAGUUUUUUAGCUUUUCGCCUGAGCCCCACAGCCUCCAUUGUAAAGUGCCAGUAUAGGCAGGAUGGUUUUGUAAUUUAUAGAAAAUGCUUAACUUUAAAAUACAAUUUUGCAUGGCAUGUACCUAUAUAGCAUGUUUGUGGAGAAAUAACUUCAACUAAAACUACAAAACUUAUCAGUUUAUUUGAAGUCUUCACAAUUGUCAUUAACAAAUGUAUAAUAAAUACAAAACAGAAUUUCUUGACAUUUUUAGUUAUUAAAAUUGGACCAACAAGGCCAUAGAAAUAUAUGACAGUUUAUAAUGAAUCAUGAAUCAUAUAGUGCCUUUCACAUCAACCGCCAUUGCGGGGUCCAUACAAAGCCAACAAGACAACCAUAUAAAGAAACAAAGGGGAGCAAAAGGACAUUAGAGGGUCCUGAGGCUUAGAUAUUCUGACCCACUCAAGUGCACCUUUAAAAACGGGGACAUCAGUUACGCUGCCAUCCCAUCCUGGACUUGUUCCCACCUUAUCUCUGAUGUUGCUGGGAUUGGCUCAGGCCCCCAGAAUGUUCAACUGGAUCACAUGCAUGUAUCUAUGUAUGUAUGUAUGUAUGUGUGUGUGUAUGAACUCAGGAGCUUCAGCAUCAUCGGCCCGUUCCUGCCUCAUGUGUGGUGCUACCAGGAGAGGCCCGUCCCCAUGACCUUGAGACUGGAUUAAGCAGAUUUGAGUCAUCACAAUAGAAAGACUAAUCAAUACACAGGAUGAUGAAAGGCAUCAGGCGUCCAGUCCAUCCAGCCUGCGGUGUGUUUGGGGUGUUCAUAGCAGGAAGUCGCUUCAGGAGAACGUGAGCUCUCGUCUCCUCUUCUCUUCUCUUCUCUUCUCAUUUGUCUCCCUGUAGGUACAUUUCAAUAUAAAGAUGAUUUGACAGAUUACUGAAAGGACAUCCUGUCAUUAGACUCUAUUUUUUCUUUUCUUUUUUUUCUUUCAGGUAUUUCUUUGCCCCCCCCGUUCAUUUUUUUUUCUUGUUUGUUACACCUGCACUCACUUUGUCUCCUGUAAUGUGAAGUCGGGUGACCUUAUUUUUUUUCGGUUGUUUCCUUUCUUUCAGUUGGCUUUUGUACAGUUAAGAGAAUGUAGAGAAUUUCUUGACCUUCUUACAGAAGCGUGACAAUUUUUGUAAGCUGCAUUGUAUCAGGUGCAAUAUUUUUGUAGCACUGUGAGAACUAACCUUGGUACUCUUUGUACAUUUCCUGUAAAUGCGUUUUUCGUAUCGCCCCAUGGACUGUCCCGACCUCACCGCGUGCCGUGCCUCCGCCGACUGACAGCGCGCUUCUUUCUAGUUGCCGAUGUGACUUUUUAAGAACAAACUCUGUAGAUAACUUGGCUCCUCCUCGCUUUGCAGUGGCGCAGCAUGCCAAAUCUUUAUAAGCAAGUCAAUAAAGUUGCCGAAGGCUUUUUUUUUUUUUCUAUUCA